CAUUUAAGCUGCAAGCCCACUACCAAUGCUGCCCCUCCAAAACUUCUCUUUCCUCAAUAUCAUCCAUCCUCUGAAAACAACUCCUGAAAAGAAACAACAACUACUUCAAAAUGGUUUACACCUUAACUGUUCACCUCUACGCAAAUGAGGAUCCAGAAUCCAUACCUCGCAUCAAGGCCAAGCUCAUUGAAGCGUCCCGAGUUUACAAGCAGGACAAGGAAACUGUCGAUUGGAUUGUUAUGCAAGAUGUACAUGAUCCUAGAGCAUUCACCAUUGUAGAGCGAUUCGAGCAAGAAAGUGUAUGUGCACUUCAUGUCCCACAUGCUAUAUCCCCUACCAGAAUGAUACUAAUUGAAGCUUGUCACCAAUGCAGAGCCAAAAAUAUCACCUCGAGAACCCAUACUGGAAGACCUUCGACCCAUACGUCGUUCCACUCCUCGGCAAACCUAUGGAUCUCCGAAGACAUGAAGAGUUAGAUAUCAGCAAGGAGGUUGAGGUUCCAGCUUAAAGAACAUAAUUCCAUACACAAGAACAACGACAGUUGGACACGCCAUUGAUUUUUGUACUCUAGAGAAAACUCACCAGCUACGAGGAUUUACUGCAUGAGUGUAAAUGCAAAAUAGCAUUCGGAUGGCCAGAUUCUGCAACCAUCAGUCUCGAACUAAAAGGAUCCAAUUGGUGAAGCAAU